AAACAUGCCUGCCCACUCCUUCUGAAUUCUGACUUCCUCGUUAGCUGUGUCAUGUGCUAGAGGACAGUCGACAGUGGACAAUCCCUUUUAUCACCUUUUCGAAACCACCACACUCCCAUAAAUCCGAUUCUCUUUCUAGCUACUUCUUCCCAGGGCUUCUCUCAUUUCCCCUCUCCCUCCCAAAAUUCCACAUUCAUGAAACCCAAACCCAGGCCCAAGCUCCGGAGCUCCAAAUCCAAAUCCAAAUCGGAGUCCAAUUCCCUGGCCGUCACGGUGUUCGACGAGAAUGUGGCUUGCGACGAACAUGCACGGCCGCUGAACUUCGUCGAUUCGAGAUCUGCAUUCUCGGAGGGCCUGCCGGAGCUGACUUCGGCGCCGGAGAUGGCCGGGAAAGACGGCGUACGGGAAAUGCAGGAGCACCGGAGCCUGAGAAGGUCGCCGAGACUGUCUCCAUUGCCCGAUCUGCCCUCGCCUAGCAAGAAGGCCAGGGGUAGUUUGGGAAAUGUGGCUAUUGACAAUUGUGUGAGGAGCUCGCCUAGACUUGCGUCUGCUGACGUGGAAGCCGGAAACGGCAAAACCUUUGUUCAGCAUAAGAAGUGCAAGGGUGGAAGCAUGGGAUCGAAUGGGGAUGAAAAGAAAGAUACUGAGAAGUUUACAAGGACAUCUCCGAGGUUGAUGAAUCAGUCUGAAAUGAAAUGUUGCUAUCCAAAAGUUUCAACACAAGAGUUAUCUUUGAGAAACUUGGAAUCCUGUGAAAAGGGCUGUUCCAGGGCCAUGUCAUUGAGAACUGCAGAUGCUGAAAGAUCACCUAGAGAUAUAAAACUUGAACACUUAUCUGAUUCAAAGGAGAAAUGUCCUUCUAAGAAGAUUUUGGUCAACACAUUGAAUGAGAAGCACAUAAGAAGAUCUCCUAGAUUUUCCCCUAGUGUGGCAGCAGCAAAUUCCAAUUCAAAUUCUUCCAUUGAAUUGUCCGGUUCAAAAGGUAUGGGUUCUUCCAAGAAGAUUAUGGUCUCAUUAGGAACAUCUGAUUUAAAAUGUUUUGAUGGGAGAUGCUUGAGGCAAUCUCCAAUAAGAGCGACAUCUAUGUUUGAGGUUAAAAGAAAAGAAACAGAAUGUGCUUUCAUUCAAUUGCCUGAGACUGAAACUAGAGAAACAGAACAUGCUUUUAUUGAAUUGCCUGAGACAUUUGUGAAUCAACCUCCAAAGAACGUGAAAACCUUCGGUUCUUCAAAAAACAGAAAAAAGAACUGCGAAACUAGUUUCUUUAUCGGAGAUCCGAUUCCUGAUGUUGAAGCACAAGAAAGAUGGGGUUGGCGGUAUCAAUUGAAGAGUCAAAGAUCUAACAGUCAGAGCAUGAAGCUAAACGAUGAUGGAGAAGAUGAGAUAAUUUUGAACGUGGAAUGCCAUUUUGCUCAAGCUAAAAUUGGCAAUUGCAUCUUCAGUCUUGGGGAUUGUGUAUAUGUACAGGGUAAUGAAGGAAAAAAAGAUGUGGGGAGGAUCAUAGAGUUUUUCAAGACAACUGAUGGAGAAAAUUAUUUCAGAGUUCAGUGGUUUUAUAGGGUUGAAGAUACUGUUAUCAAAGAAGUUGGAAGUUUUCAUGACAAGAGGCGUUUAUUCUAUUCAACUGUAGUGAACGAUAAUUUGAUAGAUUGCAUUAUUUCGAAAGUCAAUGUUACACAGAUAUCACCUAGGGUAGGAUUAAAAGUGAAAUCCAUUGCGUCGUCUGACUUCUACUAUGAUAUGGAAUACUGCAUAGACUAUUCCACAUUUCGCACCUUGGUCACUGUUUUUCCAGAUAAUUCUCUUAGGAUCCAUAGCUUCUCAUCAAGCAAUUUGAUAGAAAUGGAGUCUGCCUUGCAAACUGCCAAGUCUCUGGGGAACAGUCCCAGUUGUGAUACUUACAAUGCAGAGUUUUCACUUUUAGAUCUCUAUUGUGGUUGUGGUGGAAUGUCAACUGGAUUGUGCCUUGGUGCCAAACUUUCUUCUGUUAACCUUGUCACGAAAUGGGCCCUUGACAGUGAUAAAUCUGCCUGUGAAAGCUUAAAGUUGAAUCAUCCAGAAACACAUGUCAGGAAUGAAGCUGCCGAGGAUUUUCUUGAACUAUUGAAGGAAUGGGAAAAGUUAUGCAGACAGUAUGAGGUCGAUAAUGUAGAGAGAACUAAUCGAUCUAGAUCAGAGACCUCAAGAGUACCCAAGCACAAUGAUGAGACUGAAUUUGAAGUUUCCAGGAUUAUUGAUAUCUGCUAUGGUGACCCCAAUAAGACAGGCAAGCGUGGAGUAAACUUUAGGGUGCGUUGGAAGGGUUAUGGUAGCAGUGACGAUACAUGGGAACCAAUUGGAGGCUUAAGUAACUGCAAAGAGAGUAUACGAGAUUUUGUAAAAAAUGGGAAGAAGCUGAAGAUCUUGCCACUUCCAGGGGAUGCUGAUGUAAUUUGCGGGGGCCCACCUUGCCAAGGAAUUAGUGGCUAUAAUCGCUUUAGAAAUGUCGACUCUCCUUUGGAUGAUGAGAAAAAUCGUCAAAUUAUAGUCUUCAUGGAUAUAGUAAAUCUGUUAAAGCCAAAGUAUGUGUUGAUGGAAAAUGUAGCAGACAUUCUGAGAUUUGAUAAGGCUUCUCUUGGAAGGUAUGCGCUCAGUCGUUUGGUGCAGAUGACUUACCAAGCAAGGCUAGGAAUAAUUGCUGCUGGUUGUUAUGGCCUUCCACAAUUUCGAUUGCGUGUUUUCUUGUGGGGUGCUCAUCCUUCUGAGAAUCUACCCCAAUUUCCUCGUCCCACACAUGAUGUUAUUAUUAGAUACUGGCCUCCGCCAGAGUUUGAGCGCAAUGUUGUUGCUUAUGAUGAAGACCAACCUCGUGAGCUAGAAAAAGCUCUUCUUCUUCAAGAUGCCAUCUCUGAUCUUCCUGCUGUCAAACACAAUGAAACAAGUGAAGAAAUGUCGUUCAAAAACCCUCCUGAAACAGAUUUCCAAAGAUAUAUAAGAUCAACACAAUAUGAGAUGGUUGGAUCUGCAUUAGAUGACACUAAGAAAAAGGAAAAUUUGCUGUAUGACCAUCGAUCUUACCCUUUACACGAAGAUGAUUAUGCACGAGUUUGUCAGAUUCCGAAAAGAAAGGGAGCAAAUUUCCGGGACCUACCUGGUGUUGUUGUAGGAAGAGACAAUGUGGCUCGGAGGGAUUUGACUGAAAAGCAGUCAGUGUUGCCAUCUGGAAAGCCAUUGGUACCAGACUAUGCCUUUACUUUUGAACAAGGGAAGUCUAAAAGACCAUUUGCGAGGUUAUGGUGGGAUGAGACCGUGGCCACUGUAUUGACAUUCCCAAGUUGUCACAACCAGGUUGUAUUACAUCCUGAGCAGGACCGAAUCCUCACUCUACGAGAAUGUGCAAGAUUGCAAGGCUUUCCUGAUUAUUAUAGGUUCUGUGGCACGGUUAGAGAGAGAUACUGUCAGGUUGGAAAUGCAGUUGCAAUUCCUGUCGCGCGAGCUUUAGGAUAUGCAUUGGGAUUGGCAGUUAACAAAUCCAACGGGAAUGAACCACUGCUGACUCUCCCCCAAAAUUUUUCUCAUUCAAACUAUUUUCAAUUCACAGAAAUUUUGCCCCCACCAUAAGUUGCGGCAUCAUAAAAACUUUGUAUCAAGGGAAAGUGCAUCUAUUUGGGGUGGAUGGGAUUUCGACCACAAUAUUUGAACUCUGAUUUGUCCAAUUUUAGUCCCUUUCUAAAUCACCUCCUAGUUGGGCUUUCCCUUCGCUUUUCCUUCUUCAAGGGUUGGUUCGAUUUUUCUCUAUCGAUUAGACAGGGAUUGCUUCAUUUAACCAAAUCCUAAUGUUGUGUUAUAAUCCCCAAAUGGGUAAUUGUUUACAUUUACAGAUAUUCACCACUGCCUCAUUCUUUCAAUUUACCUAGCAUAUUUGACGUUU